AGAAGCACAGAGUUUUGUUUUUUGGCAGCAACAUGUCUGAAAGUGUCCCCUUCCAGCUCGGCAGGUCCCGGUUCGACCAGAGCACGUUUUUUGGUCGGUUCAGACACUUCCUGGAUGUGAUUGACCCGAGCACGCUCUUCGUGACCGAGAAGCGUCUGCAGGAGUCUGUGGAGCUGCUCCAGCGUUUCCGGCGGGGAACUCUGCCUCCAGGAGUGACGGACGCUCAGCUUUGGCAGGCUCAAAAAAUAAAGCAGGCCAUCAUCCACCCUGACACGGGGGAGAAGAUCCUCAUGCCCUUUCGGAUGUCAGGUUUUAUCCCAUUUGGAACACCAGUGGUUGUUGGCCUCCUUCUCCCAAACCAAACUUUGAUGUCAACUGUCUUCUGGCAGUGGUUAAACCAGAGUCACAACGCCUGUGUGAACUACAGCAACCGCAACGCCUCCAAGUCGGCUCCAGUCUCCAAAUUCUUCCAGGGAUACCUCGGAGCGGUGACCAGCGCAGUCUCCAUCGCUGUCGGGUUGAACGUGUUAAUCCAGAGAGCCAGCAGCUUCAGCCCGACCCGCAGGCUUUUGGUGCAGAGGUUCAUCCCCUUCCCAGCAGUGGCGAGUGCAAACGUCUGCAACGUGGUGCUCAUGAGACACUCGGAGCUGUCGGAGGGCAUCAGCGUGCUCGACGACGACGGGAACGUGGUGGGAACGUCGAAAGUGGCUGCCAGGCACGCGCUUUUAGAAACAGCUCUGACCCGAGUGGUCCUCCCCAUGCCGAUCCUGAUGCUUCCUCCCAUGAUCAUGGCUGCUCUGGAAAAGCUUCCUCUCCUGCAGAGACAGCGGAGACUCGUCCUGCCCGUCCACACUCUGGUGUGUCUCGCCGCCUUCAGCCUGGCUCUGCCGCUCGCCAUCAGUCUCUUCCCGCAGAUGUCACAGAUCAGUGUGAGUCAGCUCGAGCCCGAGAUCGCCGCUGCAACAGAUUGCCAGAUCGUGACAUACAAUAAAGGCCUGUGAGUGAUCUCCGCCGCCCGACACGUGAGGACGACACGGAUCGUGGUUAAACCCCCCCUGAAGAGUGAGUUGUGGUGAAUUUGGCUGCGAGGAGUUAACAUACGUUUACAGAGAAAAGGCUGUUUAUUCUGGGAAUACAUGUUGUUUACAGCGACACUGUGAAGCAGCAACACACGGUGACAUACUGCGAUUAGGAAAACAUACAUUAGGACACCUCGGAGAGCAUCAUCACGCUGUAACAUGGACACUAACUAAAGAGAUCGUCCCAAAACUGAGCCAGCUGCUCCGUGUUUACAGCAGAGAGGUUAGCUAUUUUCCACAACGAGCAGGUGAUUUGCAGGUCCCAGGCGAUCAAAAAAUCAUUUAACUGGAUCAAUAUGAUCCGGAUUUGGGAAUCAAAUGUUUGGCUAUCCGAGUCCAGCUAAACCAAAUUACUUUUGUACCAGUUUUUUAAAGCAGCGUUGGAUUGGAUCACCCCGACGCAGAUACAGACCUUUCAAAAUGGCCAAAUCCAGAUAACCAGCACUGUAGAAGGGGAUCCAUUUCAGCCAGUGUGUUCUCUUUUAUUUCAAAUGACAAACGAGAAAAUAUAAAGAAAUACAAACAUCCCCUUCCACUUUUCAUUUCUGUUUCUGACCCCCAUUUGACCCAUGAAAAACAGUAUAUUCACAAAUGCAUUGUGGAGAUUUUGAACAAUUGCAAAUGUUAGAAACUACUUGAGAUUAUGUCGUUGUAAUUCAUGUAAAGUGAAAAAUGAAAGUAUAUUUAUAUAUAUAUAUAUAUAUAUAUAUAAAAAUAUUCAACCAAAUCAGGUGCAAAAUACAAAUACAUCUACAAACAUGACUGUAUUGACCAAUUUAAGUUUUUUUUUACCUUUUAUCUCUGAAACCCGCCCUGAAUGCAUCUUCACAAUCCUCUGCUGGGAUCGAAAUAAUCCUGUUUUUUUUUUUUUUUAUCUCAAUCCUACCAAAAAGUUUUAAACAACACAAACUGAAGGUUUGAUCCAGAUCAAAUCCAAGACUGGAUUUUGUAAUCUAAUGUGAUAUCCAAAUUGUUUAAUUUUUUUCAACAACCCAUUUUCAAGUUUUGAUCCAAUCCAACUGCUUAAAUCUGAUCAGAUUAUUUUCGAAAAACUGGACCCUGGUGAUCGGUUUCAUGCAAGGAUGAAGACAGAGGCAGGACGUCUCUUAAUGAUUGUAAAUGUAAACACUGUGAAUGAAAUCUGGAUAAGUGACUAAAAAUGAAUUUUUGUGAAUGUUUUUUAACUUAAUCCAUAAGUUUAUGCACAUCCAGCGCAGCAAGUGUCAGAGGUUUCAUGUGCACUAAAGGCCUCACAGGUAAAACUACCACAACAAAGAAUCAAAGAUUAGAGAAAAAUGAGAAUAAUACAAAUAAUUUAGCUGGUCAGAAUUUAGUUUUUUCUUUAUUUUCUAACCGGGCAAUCAUCGUAAAACCCACUAGAUUUAUCUUGUGGUCCUUCUGAAGGGUCUGGACCCUCAUGUUAGGAACCACUGAUUUAAUGGAUGCAUUAUUUCAGCCAGAUGAAAAUGUACACAGCUUAAUUAUUUUAUAGCGCCCCUAAAUCUGAAAAUGUUCCAUAUAAACUCAAACUGUGAACUGUAUUACAGGGUCACUGCGGUAUUGUUCAGCCUGGACCCUUUUCUGGUCUAAGUACAUGUUGGAGACCAUUUUGGUCCAGUAUUGACCCAUUUUUGUACCUGUAUUUUGUGUAAUCAAAGUGAACACUAUAAACACACAGUCUUAACCUAAAAUAAGCAGAUUUUUAUUCUAUAGAUGUUUUCUUUAUGCACGGUUGUUAAAAUGCUGCUCUGUCUUUGUGUUUGUAUUUCCUCUUUUUUAUAUAAACUUCCUGUCUUUAAGUA